UCUGGUAAAUGCAGAAAGUCUUAUGUAAUACUAAUAAUCAGUAAAACUUUAACUAAAUGUGUAGACUCUACGUGAACUAUGUUUUAUAUCUGCCUAAUUAACAUCUGUAUUUAGUUUUAUUUAGCUAUUUUAAACUACUACUGGUAUUUAUCUACGAUUACUUUUUAUUUAAAUGAUGAGACUUAUCGAGUGUCUAGUUUUGUUAGUUGUCUUCUCUCGUGCUGAUUUCUUACGUGUGAAAGGAACAUGGGACACGAACAACUUUUUUCAUUUCCUUUCUAAGUUUGGGUUUCAGAAAACUAAUCUUCACGAUCGUGCUAACUCAUUAGGUUACAUUUAUGGAAAUAUAUCAACUGGUAUUAAUAAUGCUUCGAACUAUUCUGGCAAUAGCUAUGCAACACUUGUGGUAGUCGAUAAACAAUUUUUUAUAGAGUAUUAUGGAAAUAGGAGCCUGUCCAAUAAAACUGAAGCAUGCCAAAAGAUGUUUCAAAAGAUUAAUACAAUUGCAUAUGACAGUGAAUGUAAUGAUGUUGGGUCUGAAGAUUUUCUACGCCAUAUUCCGUGCCCCAAGGACAAGCUAUGUGAGGAAGAAGAUGUUGCAGAACGUGUGGUCCCAGGUCAUCAACUCACUUAUGCAGUUCAGAACAGCAAUCAACCAAGGUUUUGGUAUGUUAGCCUUGUGGCUUGUCACAGAACGCCAAAUGUCUGCGAUUGGAGAGAAUCAACGCAAGACAGUAGAGCUGCUAUGGAAUAUGAUGUGUGGCUUGUUAAUGGAAACCCUUUCAUUUCAAACAGAAAUCCACUUGAAUACCAAUUCUCUUUUGAUCAACAGGAUAUAACAGAAAUGAAUAUGGGUUUUUUCACACUUUACCUGAUACUUGUGCCACUGCAAGUGUAUGCUGUUGUUCGUCAACACCAUCACCUCACCAGGCUUUUCACUGCUUCACUUGUUCUCCAGAUGUUAUCUCUUUUCUCCACGCUCAUCCACAUGAUCAAGUUUGCAUUUGAUGGAAUGGGGAUAGAGGCUUUAUCUAUAGCAGGAGAGGUUGUCAGGUUGUUUGCUCAGAGCCUCUUCAUGCUGUUAUUACUGCUAAUUGCUAAGGGCUGGGCUAUUACUAGACCAGAACUUACCUGGAAGCCUGUGUUAUUCUGUGUUUGGCUACUGUAUACUUUUGUUGAUGUCCUGCUAUAUGUGUGGAACAUGACUGAAGUGGACGUUAUUGAAGACAUUGAUGAAUAUCAAACAUUUCCUGGCUGGAUUAUCAUCAUCUUCCGUCUUAUCAUCAUGACAUGGUUUCUGUAUGAAUUGAGGUCCACUAUGUUAGAAGAGAAUGACAGGGCUAAGCUACGCUUUUAUCUACAUUUUGGAGCUGGGAUCUUAGUUUGGUUUGUUUACCUUCCAAUUGUUGCUCUAAUUGCCCUUCAAGUUUCUGCCCUUUGGAGACAAAAGCUUCUACUUGGAAUAACUUCCAGUGCAGAUUUUCUAGCGUAUGCCAUCAUGACUCACUUGUUAUGGCCAACCCGCAGUGAGCAAUAUUUCCAGCUUCAAACAGACUCGGAUGUAGGGGAGGAACUGGAGGAAUUCAAUGAAGCUCCUCACAAUAUUCCCAGACCCCAGAAAGUGUAAUCUUGUAAACGGGGUAAACUUCCAAAUAUUCUAUAAUGCUGUAUUAUAAUAUGUAUUUCUCAUAUAAAAUAGAUGUGGAGAUGCUAGUUUUUAAAAGCACAUGUUGCUGAAAGAAGUUAUUGAGGUUAAAAAAAGAAUAACAUGGCUAAGGUUGAACAUCUAUGGAACAUGGCUAUAUAAAUUCAGUUUAAUUAAAUUUUCAUAUUAGUCAGUGUCAUUGACCCCAUAUGUGCUCAGAAUAACAGUUCAGUUACAGCAAGUACUAAAAGUAUUCCAAGUUCAUCAAAAUCUUUUUUUAUAUUUAUGUAAUUAGUUCUAACAUAAGAUUGCUACUUUAAAUUUCAGAAUUAUUUAUUGUUCAUUUUACAAUUGUGAAUAUACGUUUUUCACUAGUAAAUUUAAUCUCAAACUUGAUAAAACAUUUACAGUAUUUGGUAGUUAUGUGUUCAAUUAUUAGCCCAUUUUUUAUUCUAAAUCUUAUUGUAUACUUAUGGUGAAGUGAGAUGUUACUGUGGAUAAAGGAAGAUGCCAGUUUGGCUCAUUAUAUUCUUUAAGAUCUCUAAUCAUAUUAAAAACCUCAUUUUAUAUAAAAUGAAGUUAUAUAACCAGUGACUUGUAAAUGUAUGUGAAUUAGAGUAUUUCAUACAGCACUAUUAAUAGCACAUUAACAUGGAGUUGGUACUUUAAAAUUCUAUAGAAUCUUUAAGAGUGUCAAUCUGUAAUUACUUUAAAGGAUGAUGUAGUGUAGUGUUUCUCUGUAGAUUCAAUGUAUGAUAAACAGCGCAUCUGUAGUUAGUAUAUAUCUCUACUUAUUGGUGUUCAGAAAUGGGCACCUUUACCAAUUUACUGCUAUUAUUGUAAUGCUUCUCAGACAUUGUUAUAACUACAAAGUAAGAAGCAAGUGUUAUAUAUAUCAUCUUAACUUUAAAACUGUACUUCUCUGAUCAAACAACGACUUUAUCAGACUGUUUCUCGGUUGCUUUUUUUUUUCAGUGUUUACUUUGAGUUUUUCUUUUCACAAAUAUUCCUACAGUUCAACCUAAAAAAAAUAUUCUUGAACAUUGGUAAUGUGUUGGACUGCACAUUUCUAAAGAGUUUGAAACAUAAUUUAGAAUUUCUGUGUUCUGUGUUUUUAAAAGUAAAGCUGUGUUCUCACUUUAAUGGUUAUAUAAUCUAUUUUAUUUAAAAUGUGAAUGUUAUUACUUUAGAAUACCUUGAAUGGAGGUGUAUUUGUGGGUAGUAAACCAGUUUUACAACAGUAUAUAUGUCCUUAUUAUAUAUGUAUAUAUGUCCUAACUAGAUGUGACUGUAGUACAUAAUUUUUGCUUUGAUGAUCUAGGUAAAAUAUGUAAGUAUUAUAGAGUUUGAAGGUUUUAACAUUUACCAUCCAAAAGUGUUAUACGUUUUUUAUCUAGUUUGUAUGUAGGCGAAGCAGGAUUUCUGUAAACUUUUUGAGAAGAUUAUACUAAACAAGACAUCAAUAGAAAGUAUUGGUUAGAAUAAAAAGUAAAUUGUCUGUGCUCAACUGGCAUCUUUUAUACAUAAUUCUUAGUUCUGGAAAACCCUAUUGGUUGAAUUUUAAACCAAUAGAGUGGAUGAAACAUAAGCAGUCAUUAAUGAUGUUUCUGGUAACUUCUAUUAACCAUCUGCAAGCCAGAAAGCUGCUUAGGUUGUCUUGUGUAAUAGGGACGUAACAUGACCAUUGUUGAAACUACAAGAAACAGUUGUGAAAUCACUUCAGAUGUUCUAUGUCACCAAAAUUUGAUUGUAAAUGGAGGAUUAUUUGGUUUAACUUUAUGGUGGCAUACCAAAGGUUGCUUAUUCUAAGCCCAUAACUCUAGUGAUGAUGAGUUUUCUGAUACUGUUGUAGAAGACCUCCUUCUAAAAUUUAUCAGUGGCUGAGUUUUAUGUUCUUUAUAUCAUUUCUCUAGUAUAUGUCUUAUGAAAUAAUCACUAAGUAUUGUAAAUGAUUUUUUUUUUUUUCUGCUAUGGGUGGUUUUUAUUUCAUCAGUACAAGUAUUGACUGUUGGGUUCUGUAAGAAAUUCUUUGGUCUUUCACAUUGAACUUCUUGGCUGUAUCUUUUAACUUUCACUCAAAUCAUUGAAAACUUUAAGUGAUAUAUGAUAUGUCCAAACAGAGAAGGUAGAAUCAAGACUAGGAAACUGGUGAUAUAGAACAGGAUAUUACCAGAUGGAGAGGAACUCCCUGUUUGUGUAUCUUAUGAAAUCAUAGAGCUGUAGAGGAAAACUAUAUUGGAACUAAAAUUUAAGAUUCUUGGUUGGUCUUGUUUUUUUUUAUAAAUUAGUCAGUCAUUUUGUUUGGUUAUGUGUGCUUUCAUAGUAAUUUGUAUUAUCCAGCAAACUUCAGCUUUGGGGUGAUAGCUGAAUGUUCAAAUAUUAUUAUGCUAUUGGUGUUUUUUGCAAGUACAGUCAUGACACCAGGGUUUGUGGCUCUCAUAUCAGGUUUGGUUAGGGUAGGUUUACUAUCCUGAGAAUAUAGCAAGUAUGGAAUCUGAAUUAUUCUGCUUCAUUCUAAGUUAAGUUGUAGUACUUGGAAGGUGGCAUGGCAAAGUUAAGAUUUAUUCAUGUGUGGUUUGUUGAGGUAACUGCUGUAAUCUUGUUUUUUUUCACACAUGUAUAUAAGGAUAUGUAAGGCUCUGUGGAAACUUUUAUUUAAAAAUAUUAUAUUGGGAGUGUCAGAGCCUAGGUUUUUACUUUGUUUAUAUAUCAUAAAGUUUUCAAACUUCAGAACAAUUUAAAAAGACAGUGUUUCAGGAAGUAUGAAUUAUGAAGUUACCAGUUUAACUCAGGUAAUUACUGCUCAUUCUAAUCAUUACUUUCCAUGGAAUUACAACCUAAAUCUUCUAACAAGAAGAUUUCCUAAGGUUUAUGGUGAAAUCUAUUUGUAAUUUCACAUGUAUUUUAAAACUAUGCAGUGAUUGAACAUUAUUAUUAUUACAUUUGAUUUCCUUAAUGAAUCAGUUAAAAGUUCCAUUAUAAGUAAGUGCUUACUUGUGCACAAAAAUCUAGUCAUAUACCAGUACUACUCAAGAAUGGCAUUUUGAUCUGUGAUAUGCAAGUCUUUUUUAAUUGUUUCAUAAUUUAUAUUGGCAUGUUAAAAUAAACUGUGUAUUAUAUUAUACUGGCUUUAAAUGAGUUAUGUACAAGAAUAAUAAAAUUGCUUCUUGCGACUUGCAUGAUA